AUGAACGUGGGAACUCUGAUUAUGGGUUGCCGAAGCGUCUCGAAGGGCGAGGCAGCAAAGAGAGAGAUCAUUGGCAAAGGCUCUCGAGCCGAUGUUCAAGUAUGGGAAGUCGACAUGGCCAGCUACUCCUCCGUCAGGGCCUUCGCGAGCCGGAUAAGCAGAGAGUGCCAGCGGGUUGAUGCAGUUCUCGCCAACGCCGGCAUUUCGACCAAUCAGUUCCACGUUGCGGAGAGCCUCGAGGAGACACUAACAGUCAACGUCGUCUCGACUUUUCUCCUUUCGCUCUUGGUCCUGCCAUCACUUGAGCAGACGGCCCGACGAACCGGCUCGCCUACCCACCUCUCCAUCGUUGGCUCGAACGUCCACGCCUUCAAGGAAGCAGACAUGGGCGCUCGAUACUUCCAAACUAAGCUCAUGGUCAUGCUCCUAGUCCAAGAAAUUGCUGGCCGGAUCUCGAAGUUGGACAAGGCCAGUAACUCAAGAAGCGUCAUCGUCAACUGCCCUAGCCCAGGCUGGUGCAAGACACCACUGUUCAGGACAGACGAUGGUGGCUUCUGGGGUCGGAACAUGUUGAAGCUGAUUGGUCGUGAUGCAGAGCCUGGUGCAAGGUGCUUCACUUCUGCUAUCGCUGCGGGUCCAGAGACACAUGGCCAGUACCUAAGCGAAUGCCAGGUGAAGAACACAUCAGCUUGGGUAAGGAGUCAGGAAGGCAAGGAGAGCCAGAAGAAGCUUUGGGGCGAGAUGCAAAUGUUGCUGAACCAGAUAUCACCGGAAGCGACUGAGGUAUUGGUAUGA